AUGAUAGGGGCGGCCGCUUUAUACAUCCGAUCACAAAAUUGCGGCUGGGUGGCAUACUACGAUAAAUGCAAUGACAAAGUGAUUAUUGAUGCGUUUGAAGCGUCGCCUAGCGCAACGGACGUAAUAUCCGCUCCUGGGAGCCUUGCGCGCCAGUUACCUGGUGUGAGCGUUGCCCUUCCGGGUGGUUUGCUUGAGGAUGCUGGGUUCUGUAAAGAGCUCUCUAAAAGCCUAACACGCCUGGCCACUGAAGAAGUGGGAGAAAUGAUGUUCAAGUCCCACAAAGCUGGAAUACCAGUUCCGGAAGAGCGUGAUACCACUCACCCUGGUCUUGUCACCGAAGGCCUGAUGAGCCAACUUCUGGCAUUUGGGGAAAGCAGCACAGCACCACUGUUUUACAAAAACACGCGGGAUGACGUCAAUUGGAGAAGUAGCAGGCUGCCUUGGAGAAGGUCCCCUCAUUGGUUUGUGUUUCGGGUCGCACUUCAUACAGUGCUUCAACGUGCUCUUCCUAACGGAGAAGGCCAAAAGCGAUACAAGAAUUUCAUGCUAUAUCUUGUGGCUGAGCUUGGAAUUUUAUCCACGCGUAUUCAACCAAGUGUGCCUGCAGAUCACUUGGAGAUCAUCCGAGUUAAGACGUGUCGACGCCUUCUCAAAUUAGAGGGGGAAGCCUACGAGUUCGUCCUGAGACAUGCCAGAAAAGCGGAAACAGCCGUACGGGACAUUUUGCAAGGUACCCAGCAGAAGAUUGCCAGAUCGACACUGACGCACAUACCAAAAUCGUUUACCUGUGUGCCCGAGGAUUUCCAUAUAUCGCUUAAAAAUUCUCGAUACUACCUGGAGUCUGCCAUGUCUGCUGACCCCGCGGAAGUCGAACAAUCAUCUUUUGAUCGGCGACACGAGCAACGCAACCAAUUCAACAGAUUUGGAUUGCCAAUUUUGAGAAGUGGCGAUCUUAUAUGUCUAGCGGACUUUGAGAGCUGGGUCAAACACACACUGGGCUCUUGGUACAGCGCAACCGAGCCUUCAGACCAUAUGUGCUGUUUACUUGGAGAGCUGCUUAAAAGUUAUUGCGAUCUUGCUAUCGAAGCUUACAGCGAUAGCCCGGACGCCAUGUCCAUGGCUAUGGUAUGUAUCAUGGAGCUUUGGGUCAUUUUAGACAAAAUGUGCAUUGUUGUCUGCCCGCUUUUGGGGUCCUACUCCCCUGAAAUACCGGAUAAUUUUCUCGAGCCCCUGCUCUUACCACAAUUUUGCGAAAUGCAAAGAGCUAGUAGGGUUGAAACAUAUAUUCGUUACAGGAAACGAGAGCAAACAAGUGGUGUUCCAAGCAUCUUUUCCGACCCCGGUCGGCCAGGAUUCUCUGUUGCUUUCUUUGAUAAUUCAGAGAUACACCAACGGCUCCGGGAACAAGUAGAGAGGCAUGCUCGAAGUAGCGUCGAUGCGAAAAGAGUGGAGUGGCAAAUAAAGACUCAACUUUACGAAGAACUUAUGAACCGGGCUUUUCGAACCCCGCACCAGUGGGACAUUGAUUCGCGCGGGAGAAAUUGCCACUCUGCGGUGUGCCCGUGCUGCUCUAUCGAGAGUGAUGCCAGAAACCUGAGCAUAGAUGUAUACGAAUGGCCACUCCCGGUGGAUGAGAAUAUUCUCAAAUCAGUUGUUUUCGAGCUACAAUGCCCACAUUGGUUUGCAUGGUGGCGCGAUAUUACUUGGAAAAUAAUUCAGGAUCUUGGCCGACGGCGAAGCGAGCGAGGUCCCGAUGUCCAGCAGAAUCUCCUUUCAUAUAAAGAUACGCAGCAGUUCUGCGUGAAUCAUGGUCAACGCCUCACUCUAGGAUCAACAGCGAAGUCCUGGAAGAGAACUCACUACAGUAAUCGACACUUCCCUAUUGCUUUCAAUGACAUCACUCCACCUAAUGGGUUCCGGCUUCGAAUUCUUGAUAGCAAGGAUAACAACUGGGUGGGAGAUCAGAAAGAUUACCCUUCGGUAAAGCGGUGGUGUACAUUUCACCUCCCACCAGGGCCAUACUCUUGCCUUCAAUACACAGUCGACUCCUCUGCACACUCGGAGAACCAGGUCAUAGCGGACCAGCAGCACUGUCCUUCCGAGAUUAGUCUGCAUGAAUUCGUCGCGUUCGGCUGCCUCCGUGCAGGAACAAGAGUGCAGUGGCAUAACAUAGUCCGCGAGCUGGCUUCAUCUUCACUUUCAAUGAAUGAACAGGCGGUGGGCUUGCUAUUUCGUCAAGCGGCCUGGGAGCUCACGGGCCCAAACCCUGGCUCAGAGCUAAGAGAAGCUCACGUAUCAUUUAACAAAGAUGGCUUAGGGAGCCAACUGCUGGAGUGCUUGGAACAAAAGCUCAGUUCCAUUGAAGCCAACUGGAACGAGCAUUACACGCUUCAUACUCUUGUUACACUUGGAAUUCGAGCUCUAAGCUUGUCCAAUGGGUUCGGAGAUGUUGACAGAGCGGCUUCUUUACUGCGUCGAAGCAGAAGAACGUGCUUGAAGUGGUGUGAGGCUUUAGCAGAAAGACUGGAGAGUCAAACAGAUGCGCAAUGUGAAGCCCAGCAAUUGCUUAUCGUUAAGAUUGGCGGUAUCUGUCAACUCACAUAUGCGGUAGAGCCACAGCAUCUUCCGCUUGUUCUAGAUAACCGUACCGACCUCUUCCAUUUGACAAGGUGCUCAAUCUUGGUUUUUGAGAAUACGCCGCGAUCCCGUGACCAUCUCCCAUUCGACGUUGGAAAUAGUCUUAUAUGGACAACCAAAAUUCUUCAUUACCUUGAAGAACAUGCCCGUCAAAUGAUUGCGGAUGAUUCAUCAGGAUUUAAUGAAGCGAUAAAGAUGAGCAUACCUGAUCUGGAGAUUACGUCUUCGUGGACUACAUGUCCGGGAACACUGUCGCGCUGGGUUGCCAACCAAUCGAUUGCUGGGCCCCGUGAAUGUCCACAAGAUAUCCAUUACAAUCUGCUCAGUGGAGAGCUUCUUCUAGCGAACUGUCCCCCAGGACGACUUCUUGAGGAGUACACCAACCUGCUUUCAUUUCAGCGCAUAUUUGGCAAUAUCCACUUUUCAUUGAACGCAAAAGGUCUUAUAAUAAAGGCACGAGCCGAACAUCAGCUGCUACAGCUUAUCCCCCACGAAAUUUUGGCUGGAGAUUUUCCGGAGGAUUUAGUUUCGAACUAUGGGCAUUGGCUCAAUUUGGAGACCGGGACACUCGAGUUUCGCUCCCUUGAACAUCUAUGGAUCCCGCGGUCGAGUAACUGGAACCUCUUAAUGAACGCUGCGCCAGGAGGGAUCUCAACCAUGAGCAGAUGUGAUAAUGCAUUGAUCGACAUAAGGAGCCAUCUUUUCCAACAAUUAAGGGCUGUUUUGGAGGUAUUGGAUGAUCCUGGAUAUAUACAUGUCAUCCAGACUGGGAGAGAUAAUCGCAAGUCCGUGGAGGUCGACAUGGUCCGACUUCGUCUAAAAUUCAUCAUCAACAAAGCUGGCGCGCUCGAUUGCCAGGAACUUAACGCAAUGGUUGACCACGACCAAGAUAUCGGAUGUUUAUAUGGUCUACGGAACAAGCUUGUGCUACUGGACACCAAGAAACGUUGCCGCUCCGUGCUGAUACCCUAUGGAAGCGUUCAAUUAAUCAAGACCAAGCACCAAACUUCUGUGACUGUCAAUGCACCCAAAGGAUCUUAUCGGAAGUAUUUUCACUACUCGCUCGAUCGUCAUUUGAAGGUUUUACAGGGGUCAUUCGACAUGUUAGAGAUACUUUAUCUGGCAUAUAUGCACGCUGUUACGAGCCAUAUUCUCCCUGAUCCUGCAACAGAGCGUUCAGGGACUGCGGAAGCCAUACGAAUUUUAGGGCAGGCAUGCCUGAGAACCUCGUUUCCACUUAGCUCCGAAACAAUUGCGCUCUUAAAAGUCAUUGCAACCCUGACCCCUCGUCGUCGCUACUACCCGCGUCAUUUGAAGUCCAUGCAAACCGUGUCGUGGAACAGUGAGCUUGGCGAACUAGCCCAGCACGAUGAUUUCCGAGUCCUUGCACAGGAAAUCGUGGAGAAUGCAAGCAGGUUUUGUACACUCCAUGGUAUCGUGGAGAUCAAAAUCUCCUCGAAAGAGCCCGUUCUCGCAAUUCACAGUUCCACUGUUCUGAAUAUGGCGGUAGUGCAGCACGUCAACUACCUCAGCCAACAUUAUAUAGGUCUCGUGACCGUGAUUAUCAGAGUGACCGCAGUCACCGUGUUUAUAAAAUCGCGACCCUGUCAACGAGAAGCCCUUGACCUGGAAGCGGGCGAAGAAAUCGAUCCUCAAGAAGUCAAUGCAGCAAUCGAAAGAAAUUACAGCCAUUUCUUCUGUCCCACGAUCAUCAGAAUCACCAAAGCACAAAAGAGAGUGAGCAAGCAGCGCCAGGAGGAAUACGAUCUGCAGAAGGAGGCCGACAUGGAGUCAUGCCUAGAGGCCAUCAGAGGACAAUGGCCUUGCAAAGUACCUCAGCUGCCUGAGAUUGAACGGAUGGAUAAAUCAGGGGCUUCGGAAGCAUGCUCGUUGCUCUGCACGAAAUGGUACCAGAAUCGCCAAUUUCUGGCCUUUCUUCGCUUGGUUCAAGAAAACUUGGAUACCACAGUCGACAAUGAGCUUGUGACCGAAAUCGGAAUUCCCUCCUCACCGCCUGGAAAAUCGUUCUGUCCUCGUCCACCGUUUUCUCCACCCGGGCUCUUGAAUAUUCUGUCAUCCUCCAAUCCGCCUAGCCUGCCGAAACAAAGCCCACCUCUCAAAUUCUCUCUGUACCGCACGCCACAAUGCUACAAUGCCGAGUUAAAUACAGAACUUCGGUCGUUGAUUUUAGGUUUCCGAGAAAGUUUAAAUGCAUGUCGGCGCGAGCUUGGCGAAAGUCUUGAAGAGAGUUUGGAGGCUCUCCAGGAAGCAGACAUGCCUUGCCCUCCAAAAGCGCUCCCAGUGGAGCGGAGCGUCAUUGCUGAAUACUACGCUUUUCAACAAAGUCGAAGAGAAAUGCUCUGGGCCAUGAUUAAAGAAUCAUUGAAGUCGACAGGAAAUUUCUGGGAGGACGUUUCAGAAUCGAUUCUUUCGCCGUAUAUCACCAGUUUCUCAAUCCUGUCACUUCUGUCUGCGAAUCGUUGGAAAUCAGUACCAGGGUCUUGGAAAACCACUAUCUUGACAUUUGCAAGCAGCAUCGCCUCACUACGUCGUGCCGAACGACUAUUAAAUUGCUACGAUCGAGACGAUAUUGACGGAUUUUUCAAAGAAUCAGAAAAUGUCAGUCAAGAAGGAUGGAAUGCUCAUGAUUACCCUGAUUGGCUACUUUUCGAGAUUGAAAGCAACCUCACCAUCCGCGAAUCACAGACACAAGUGGCUCUGAACAUUAUCAGACCAGAAAGCUCAGCAAAUGCGGUUAUGCAAUUAAACAUGGGUGAAGGAAAAACUUCUGUGAUAACUCCGAUGACUGCAUUGACGCUUGCGGAUACCAGUUGUUUGCUUCGGUUGUUCGUCUUGAAGCCUCUUCUGAAACAAAGCGUGAAUCUUCUAGCUCAACGCCUUGGCGGGAUGCUAGAUCGGCAUAUCUAUCACAUUCCCUUUGCAAGAGACACGCCUUUGGAUGAACCAAUGAUUGACCAGUUGCGCCAGAUAUAUCUGGAAUGUCAAAGAACAAGAGGUGUUCUAGUAGUUUUGCCGGAGCAAGUCCUGUCAUUUCGCCUGGUGGGUUUGGACUUGAUGGAAGGAGAUCCGAGACUAGCCCAUCAAGCGAUAAAUUUGGAAAGAUGGCUGCAAACCAACUCCCGGAACUUUAUCGAUGAGAGCGAUGAAGUUCUUGACCCCAAAUUUCAACUCGUCUAUACAGUUGGCACCCAGCAGACAGUCGACGGACAGAGUGAUCGAUGGGAGAUCACACAGGCUUUGCUUGCGUUGGUUGCUAGUGAAGCCGAGAAAUUAAGCUUGCAGCAUCCAAAUUGCCUGAAUGUUGAACGCAGCGGAACUCGUUAUCCAAUCUUCCAUUUUCUGCAACCAGAAGCGCCUGACAAAAUAAUUGCGAAUGUGCUUGAUAUCAUCAGUGAGGAAGGUCUCCCGGGCUUGCCAAUUCAACAGUGGGCUCGGCGUGUUCGACAAAGUGCGCUUGACUUUAUCCGCUUCAUGGACACUACAAGGGGGUGUAGAAAUGUCAUCCAGGAGAACUUCCAGGGAGGCGUUUUGCUCCGCAAACUACUAGUCUUGCGUGGUCUGUUCGCUCAUAAUAUCUUGAAGUUUUCCCUGGCUAAUAAGCGCUGGCUGGUCGAUUAUGGCCUACAUCCCUCCCGUUGUCUAAUGGCUGUCCCAUUUCGGGCUAAAGGCAUUCCUUCCGAGAAUGCUGAGUUCGGCCACCCCGAUGUCGCCAUCACAUUGACUUGCCUGAGCUACUAUUACCAGGGUCUCACUACUGAGCAAGUACGACUUUGCUUCUCCUUGUUGGGAAAGGAGAAUGACCCUUCAGUACUGUAUCAGUCCUGGAUCUCCAAAGACAUGAGCUGUCUCCCCCCAGCACUGAGAGUUAUUAGCGGAGUGAACCUGGAAGACGCACAAGUUUUCUGCAGUGUCCUCUACCCUCACGUGCAAUACCAAAAAGGCAUAAUCGACUAUUAUCUUUCCCAUGUCGUGUUCCCGAAAGAGGCCAAGGAAUUUCCGCGGAAGCUUUGCGCAUCUGCCUGGGACAUUCCUUCCCGCGAACAUCAACCACUUACGACUGGGUUCAGUGGGACGAAUGACAACCGCCUGCUUCUCCCUAGCUCUAUACCUCAACGUGACCUGCCUCAUCUUCAGCUCACAAAUGCGAUGGUGCUACGUUGCCUAUUACAAAAAGAAAACCGCGCGUGUGUUUUAGCACAGGACGAGAACGGCUGUCAACUUUCUACCACCCACUUGAUUGAUUUGAUCAGGAGUCAGGAUCCUCCAGUAAACGUCAUCAUAGAUGUUGGAGCUCAAAUCCUGGAGUCAAGUAAUCAAUGGGUUGCCAACCACUGGCUCUCCCGGUCCACGGCCGACGAUGCUGAAGCCGCCAUCUUCUUCGAUGAAGAUGAUGAAGCCGCAGUAGUUGAUCGAGAAGGUCACGUUGAGAGACUUUUGUGCUCAUCAUUCCGCCAAAGAAUGCAUAGAUGCCUGGUCUUUCUGGACCAGCAACACGCGCGUGGUGUUGAUCUGAAACUUCCAUCAACUUAUCGAGCCGCCGUGACGACGGGCCCUCGUUUGACAAAAGAUAGACUUGUACAAGCGUGUAGCAGAAUGCGCGGCCUUGGAGUUGGCCAAUCUGUACUAUUUUUCAUUCCCCCCGAAGUCAGACAUGGCAUGAGAGUAAACUUUGGAUUAUUGGACUCCUUCUCCGUCAUCCAAUGGACACUCACGCAAACAUGCGAUACGUUGGAAAGCCUGAGGCCUCUUUGGGCCUCGCAAGGCUUGCAACAUCACAAGAGGGACAGGUUAUGGAACAUGCUUACCGAAGGAAGUACAUCUGCUCAAGAUGUCGUGGCACGAAUCGAAGAAGCUGAGGCGCAAACAUUGUCUGAGCUUUACGAUCCUUCUCAGAUGCCCGGAACGUCUACUUUGGAUGAGUACAUAGAUCCAAGCGAACCUAAACUACGCGAGCUUCUCGUGGAGUCGCUUGCUAGCGUCGGGAUCCCAGGCGGCCCGACACUGCACGAAGAACAGGAACGCCAGAUCACUCAUGAAGUAGAGAGAGAACAGCAAAUCUAUCGACCCCCCAAACAAAAGCCCCUCUCUCAUCAUGUGCAUGAAGAUAUUCGAUACUUUGUGAAGUAUGGCCAAUUUCCAGACAACGGGACAUCUGCAGCCAGUCUGGCAUUCGACGGUCUUCGCAAAACCUCUGUUGGACACUUUGAUAUUCCACCAUCCUUAGGUGCUCGGCUUUAUGCUUCAGAAGAUUUUGUGAAAACUGUUAAGCGAGCCAAGGCCACAGUGGAUGACCAAUUCUUGAAACCUGUUCACUGGGUCUUAUCCAAUUCUCACAAUGAUGACUUGCUAAUAUUGAGCCAACAUGAGGCCAAUGAGCUCCUUCCUGACAUUCGAGUCUCACCAACGACAAAAUUGCACGUGUAUGCCUCAAAGACAACCAAAACCAUGUGUUCUUUCGACAACCUAGCUUUUCUCACCGCGGGCGAAGCUCGCACCGAUCGGACUUGGUCUCGCGAGAUAAUCCAAGGCUUAUCGCUAUUCUCCGGAAGCCUUUAUUUCGAAGAUUUUUCGGCUUAUGAAUACUUCCGGAACUUCCUAGGUCUGGUAACAGGCGUUUGUGGCGAUAUUCCGGAAGGGCGAGUCUCUAACGAGGGGUUUGUUGAUGAGGAAACGCGACGGCUGAUCGGGUGGCCCACGCUUUCGCCAUUUGAACGCAAUCCCUUGCCAUUCCUACGCACACUACUCAAUCUUAGAAGUAAAGGGCAUGGGUUUUCCCAGACCCACGUCGGCAUGGUUCUGGAUGUCCGUGCGCUGACAGCCGAUCACUUCUAG